AUGACCACCCGCACUCAGAGCUUCUCCCCCUGCCCGACUCCCUUCUCGGACCACGUCUUCAAGACUGUCGCAGAGGUCGAUGUUCCACUGAGGAUCUGGCCUGCGACCGAGGGACAAGGCAACAGGCCGUGGCUGCUCUGGUGGCACGGAGGAGGCUUUACCGCCGGAAAGCACGUUAUCCCCAACGCCUGGGUCGUCCCAGCCUUCCGUGCUAGGGGUUACCACGUCGUCUCGGCUGCGUACCGGUUCCUCCCGCACGUCAACCUCGACGACAUGGCCCAGGACGCCAUCGACGCACACAUCUGGUGUCGCGAGAACCUGCCGAAGAUCCUCGGCGCCGGCAAUGUCGACGUUGAGGCGCUUGUCGUCGGCGGAGACUCUGCCGGCGGCACCAUGUCGACCCUUGCGGGCAUCAACCUCAACCCGUCGCCCAAGGUCGUGCUGGACAUUUACGGCAUCACCGACGCUACGGACCCAUACUUUACCGGCCGCGGCGUCGACGAGAGCACGCCCGCCGAGCAGGCGAGGAAGAACUUUUUCAAGCUGUCGGGCAAGUUUACCGAAGAGGAGAUUGCCGCUGCGCUGGCCGAGACGGACCCGCGCAAGGCGCAGCACAUUGUUCCGUGGUCGUGGGAGGUCGAGCCGGCCAUGAGUCUCGAGACGCUCCGGUCGUUCUGGGGCGUGCCCGAUUUCCAGAUCACGCCCGAGCACACGCUGAGGAUGGACAUGCUAGGCGUUCUUGACCGUAACCGCAAACUGUUCCGCAAGCUCGCGAGGCGUCACGACGUGGACGAGGACAGCAAGCUCGACGACCCUGACGCUCUGGACAAGCUGCUGCUCGACUACUCCCCGUUCCACCUCGUCGACAUCAAGGGCACCUACCCGGCCACAUUCUUCCUCCACGGCGACGUGGACAUGGCCGUGCCCGUCGCGCAGAGCCGCAACAUGGCCAAGAAGCUCAGGACACUGGGUGUGCCCGUGGGCGAGGCGUAUUCGCCCGAGGGCAACCACUGUUUCGACAAUGUCAUCGAGGAGCCCACAGAUGCUGGAUGGAACCAGUACAUUGUCCCGUGCAUGGACUUUAUCGACAAGCACAUCCGGACCGCGUAA